AUGAAUGAAUUUCAAGAUUUUGUGGAUUUCUGUGAUCUAAUUCAAGAUCCUAAAAGUGGUAUGGAAUUCUCUUGGUGCAAUGGUAGAGUUGGGAACAAAAGAAUCCUUUGUAAUCUUGAUAGAGCCCUUUUUAACUUAAAAUGGUUAGAGAAAUUUAAUGGCUGGAGUUAUAAGUUUGGAACAAGAGGAAUAUCUGACCAUGGCCCUAUUAUUGGUUCAGAUGCUAUCAUCCCUAAAGCUUUAAACUCUCUUUUUAGAUUUAAGAAAAUGUGGCUGAAUUUUCCUGAUUUUAUUCAAGUUAUCCAAGAUUUCCUGGAAUGA